AUGUCCAUACUCGUGCGCCCGCCCAAGCGCAAGAUGCACGAGGUCGACGAUGGACCUCGAAAACAUAGUACUGUGUCAUGGUCUCCGGCAACUCGUUCAAAUUCACUGGCCAGUUCAAGGCGACCUAGUGAGCCGCCACUGGACUCCCAAAGCGAUACCCAUCCUCAUGCCACCUCCCUCCGAGAGUUACAUUCCAACCGCGCGUCUCCGGUCCUCUUCGAUAAGGGUACCCUCCAGACCCCUCGCAUCUUCAGCCCCACCGCCUCCGUCGUUCUCAUUGGUAUUCGAGGCACAGGCAAGUCCAGUCUAGCUGUAAUUUUAGCUGCGACGUCCGGCCGUCGCCUCAUCGAUGCCGACCGAUACUUUCACCAAAUGACUGGAUGUUCUCGCGCCACUUUUAAGAAAGACAAUGACCAUGCCGAGUACCGACUGCAGGAGGCCCGCAUUUUUGAAUCUAUGCUAGCGGACAAUCAAGAAGGAUGCGUGAUAGCGUGUGGUGCUGGAGCGAUGGAGCGCACAGGGCAAAGGCUAUUGCGGGAAUUUGCCCAAACACAUCCGGUCAUCCAUGUUAGCCGGGAUCCGGAAAGCAUCCAGUCCUAUCUCAAAGCCUGGCACACACAAAAAGUACGACACUUCUUGGAGCUCUCAGGACCAAUUUAUCGCGGGUGUUCGAAUCUGGAAUUCUUCAACCUGUCGGAAUCUGGAGCCACCGAACAUAGUGCCGCCCAUACCCCCAAGGACGGUAAUAACCCGUCGCCGGGUCCAAAAAUGGACCAGAGAUCACAGACACCCACUCCUUUCUUGACAUUGAAACGUGUGCAGCGGGACUUUCUCCGUUUCAUAGCCUUUGUGACGGGUGAUGUUACCGAAAUGAACCGCCAGCAUUCAUCGUUCCCAUUGUCUCUAUUACCAGUGCCAGCACGACAGUAUACAAACUCAGUAUCAGUCCCCUUCUCUGCCUUACGCGAUAACAAUCUUGACAUUGAAGAGAUUGAGUUUGGCGCAGAUGCAUUCGAACUAGCCAUUGAUGUCACUAGCCCUUCAGAUCAGAUGGGUGCAGACUCCAACUUGUCGGACAGCAUCAGUCAAGUGAUCUCGACGAUUCGCAGAAAUAUCAUAGUACCAAUUAUUUACCACGUUGAAAGUUACACGUCACCAAAAGGUCAUCUUUCACCGCCACAAACUGCUCGGUCCACCGAUGAAGCAUAUUCGGGCCUAGUCCGCCAUGGCCUACGACUUGCGCCCACAUUUCUGACCGUGGAUUUGUCUCGUGAUGAUAAUUUGUUCCGUGAGAUUGUUAGUGCGCGGGGUCGCACCGGUAUCAUUGGACAUUUUGAGACCUUCCGUCGUCUGCCGGGUGGAUGGGAUGGCGAUGAAUAUGUGAGGAUAUAUGAGCGGGCAAAGGCACUUGGAUGUGACAUGGUACGGAUAUGUCAACCGGCAGAGACAUCGGAAGAUAACCAGGCUGUGGAAAGAUUCCGGAAUCGCAUUCAAAGCCUACCGGGUGCUAUUCCUCUAAUCGCAUACAAUACCGGCUCCCUGGGACGUAUGUCGCGCUGUUUCAACCCUAUCUUGAGCCCAGUCACCCAUCCUUCCCUAAUGCGCGAUAACCCCUCCUAUGUACGAUCAAGCAUCACCGCCCGCGAAGCGCAACAGGCUCUUUAUAGCUCCUUUGCGCUAGAUCCCAUGCAGUUUUUCGUCUUUGGUGCCAACGUGACGUAUAGUAUGUCGCCAGCGAUGCACAACACUUCUUUCAAACUAUGUGGGAUGCCUCACCAAUACUCGAUCUUUCAAUCCCCAACUAUUCGGGGUUUGAAUGAGCUUGUUGAAAAUCAAUUCUUUGGUGGAUCUAGUGUCAGUCUCCCUUACAAAACAGAAGUUAUUCCUCUUCUCCACUCCAUGUCCCCUCACGCGCGGGCUAUUGGUGCCGUCAAUACAUUGAUACCGAUUCGGAACGAUGACGACUCCGACCCUCGCCUCUCCCAAGAAUCUUCCAUUUACCUGCAAAAGAGUCGUGCCGGUCCGAUAAAGGGUCUACAUGGCGACAAUACCGACUGGAUCGGUAUUUGCAACUGCAUUCGUCGAGGUCUUUCACCUGCCAAUGCUGUCCGGCCUACGACAACCGGUCUUGUCAUUGGAUCCGGUGGUAUGGCACGUGCUGCCGUGUAUUCGAUGAUUCACUUGGGCGUGCAGCAUAUCUUCGUUUACAAUCGCACUCUUGCCAAUGCCGAGAAGCUGGCUCACCACUACAACCGACAAGAUCUUUACUCCGGUGAGCAAACCCGGGGUGAUGGCCGUCCUCGGGUGAGCACCCUCAACUCCAUGAAUGAGCCAUGGCCAGCAGAUUUCAAGCAACCGACAAUCAUUGUAUCGGGUAUUCCAGCCCACAGCAUCGGUGGUCAGCCGGCACCAAACUUCCACGUUCCCACUCAAUGGCUUGAAAGUCCUACGGGUGGUGUUGUUGUUGAUUUGGCCUACAAACCCCUCAAUACUCCUUUGAUGAAACAAAUCCGUGCAUUGUCGCACCGGGGCUGGGUGGCCCUGGAUGGCCUCGAUGUUCUCCCCGAGCAAGGAUUUGCCCAGUUCGAGCUCUUCACCGGUCGUCGCGCACCACGGCGACUGAUGCGAACGAUCGUUCUCCGGGAAUACGUGGACGAAGAGGGCCAUGAUGACCCGAGCGCGAUUCACCACAGACUCCAGAACCUAGACGGUCAACCAUCGUGA